AUGUCUAGCCGACACUCCCGUAAUCUUAGCGCAUCACUUUACGUUCGUGGACUUGCCGAACGUGUUCGUUAUGACGAUUUGAAAAAAAUCUUUGGCCGAUAUGGACGCAUCGUUGACAUAACCCUCCCGUUGGAUUAUUAUACACGAGAUGCUAAAGGUUUCGGUUUUGUUGAAUAUGAAGAAAGUCGUGAUGCUGAGGAAGCUCUUCAUGCUCUUGAUCGAUAUCGAUUGUAUGGUCGAGAACUUGAAGUUGAAUUCGCACGUGGAGAUCGUAAAACGCCAUCGGAAAUGAGAGCUCGAGAGAAAGAAUCACGUCAUGGUAGUCGAACAGGUGAAUUUGGCCGACGUGAUCGAUCACGAAGCCGUGAUCGUCGUCAACGAAGUCCUUCACCAGUGGGUAGAGAUCGACGACGAGGUGGUAGCCGAUCACGUUCACCAUACUCGCGUUCACCCAUACCACGACGAGGUGGCAGUCGUUCACAUUCUAAAUCAAUUUCACCAAACUAUGCUAAACGCAAUGGUGGCGGUAGUGGUGCUGCUGGUAAUAGCAGUGGCAUUCGUCGUGGAAGCCGAUCUCGAUCUCCUGCAGAUAGUUAA